AUGGCGGAACAAUUCUAUCUCAUUGCACUACACGGCGGCGCAGGAACCCACGCGAAGUCCUUUGACAAGGGACUCAGGAAAGCCCUCAAACUAGCAUGUACCCGCGCCGUUGACGCUCUCAAGGCCGGUGACCCGGCUCUCAAAGUAGUGGAAGACAGCAUCACGUUUCUCGAGGAUGACCCGUGCCUUAACGCAGGUUUUGGCUCCAAUUUGACCCGCAACGGGACGGUCGAGUGUGAUGCGGCAGUCAUGGAUGGGCGAACAUGCGAUUUUGGCGGCGUCGGGGCGGUGUCUGGGCUCAAGAAUCCAAUCAAGGCUGCUCGAGCCGUCUUAGAGCACUCUCGCGUACCGGACCCAUUGGGAAGAAUUCCACCGCUGUUGCUUGUGUCCGACGGGGCUACAAAGUUCGCAGAAUCAAAAGGCGUUGAAACUGUGUCUGCAGAAUCGUUGAUCUCUCCUCGGGCGAAGGAAGAAUGGAUGAAAUGGAAGACAAAACUCGACUCCGCAAUUGCUGGCAACCCGUCAGACGAAGCGGUGCCGUCUGAGCAAAGUUCGACUUCACCCAUCAGUCCGUCGACGGCAGACAGCCUACGCGCUAUCCAAGAUACCGUGGGCGCGGUCGCGCUUGACGCGGAAGGCAACACCUCCACAGGGGUAUCAAGCGGUGGGUUACUGCUCAAACACCCGGGACGCGUUGGAGAGGCCGCAGUUUACGGUGCGGGCUGUUGGGCAAAAGACCGAGAGAAUGGAGAAGGGCCUCGCGGCGUCGCCUGCAGCGUUUCUGGCACAGGCGAACACAUUAUCCGCUCAAUGCUCGCGAAGACCCUCGGCGACGCAGUCGCGGCGUCCGACGAUGACACGCACAGCGUCGUCGAGCGCGUUCUAGGCGAAUUCUACAAGGAUUGCGAACGCCGCGGUGAGCAAUCGCCCCAGGCGGGUGUGCUACUGCUGGUGAAGGAGCGCAGCGAUUCGAGGACCGUCGCCGCCCGCCUCUGGUGCGCUUUCACCACGGAAACCAUGGCGGUGGCCUACGCGUCCUCGCUCGAUCCGAAGCCCAGGGCCCUCGUCCUGCGACAUCAGCGCGCGGAGCUAUCACACGUCGCUGGAGCCCCCAUCUACAUCACUUCCCUGCCGCUCGAGCGAGCGUGA